AUGGCUUCCACGGCACGGCGGAGGGCCUUCGAGAUAGCCUCCGUCCAAGAAGGAGACUCCCGCAACGGUGGCAACAACGGCAUCGGAGCUCUCGAGUUGAAUGCCGUCUUCGAAGAUCUCCAGCCCGAAAUCGCUUUCAAGGACCCUCCGUCGCUACCCAGCAAGAGCCUCUCUCUGUGUCCGACGUCUCUGGUUCGGUUAACGUGUCUCGUCUGCGGGUCGCGUACCAGGGUCUUCCGGGUGCAUACGGGGCUUUGUUUCCACCGGGGUGGUCCAGAUUCGAAAUGCGCGUCGAUUAAAUUUGGGGACCGGAUGCCCCAGGAUGCUUUGAAGGGAAGCGCUACUGGUCCACUGGUACCAAGGUGGCGCUGGAGUGACGUACUCACAUGUGGGUGAAGA